UCCGUUAGGUUCACAUCCACACACAAACCGAAAGCCCACGAUGAGCGGCUCUCCUUCAUCUCUCGUGCGCUAGAAUGACGGAGCGUGACGCGGGUGUUUCUCUGGCUCUGUGUUUAUCUGAAGGGACUGACACCAGACUCUGCUGCUUCUGCUUCUACUGGAAACUUCUGCAAACAUCUCUGACGGACACAUUCGUGGACUGAUAUUGAUUUCUGGUUGUGUUACAAUAAGAGCUGCGGGCGCGCACGGCUGUUAUAUCUGUUAUAUUAAAGUGUCAGUGGAGAGCAUGCGUUCAUCACGCAUGUGUGUUAGAAUGAAAACAUAAACCCGGACUCUGUGUGUGGUGUUUUCUGUGUCUCCGGCUGCGCAGUUCACAUUUAUUGAGCGUAGUGCGGAGAGAGACGUUUGGAGACUCCAGUGAGAUCAGCUGUGAGCGCAGAUGUGAAUGAAAGUCCAGUGAAGAGACAGGAAUAACCAACUGUACUGUAGACAUGCUGCAGAUAGAAAUGAUGGUGUUCGUGGGUGUCAUUCUGUGGAUGUGUGUGUUUAGUCAAGAGCCCAGCUCGAAGGUGAUGGCUGAUCGAUACGCGGUCUACUGGAACCGAACCAACCCGAGGUUUCAGCGUGGGGAUUAUCACAUUGAUGUCUGUAUAAAUGAUUAUCUGGACGUGUAUUGCCCACACUACGAGGACUCGGUGCCAGAGGAGCGGACGGAGCGAUACGUCCUCUAUAUGGUCAACUAUGACGGUUACAGCACGUGUGAUCACACGGCGAAAGGCUUCAAACGGUGGGAGUGCAACCGACCGAAUUCGCCCAACGGUCCGCUAAAGUUCUCCGAGAAGUUUCAGCUCUUUACACCCUUCUCGCUGGGCUUUGAGUUUCGACCGGGCCGCGAGUAUUAUUACAUAUCAUCUAUGAUCACAGAGACGGGCAGAAGAUCGUGUCUCAAGCUGAAGGUUUUCGUAAGACCACCGAAUGGCUGUGAGAAAACCAUAGGCGUUCAUGACCGCGUUUUUGUCGAUAAUGACAAAGUAGACAAUGCUUUAGAACCAAGAGACGACACCAGUCACGAGGCAGAACCGUCCCGGAGUGAUGUGUCCGGUACCGGUCGGCCUCUGGCGCCUGCACGGCCCCUGCUGGCUCUUCUGCUGCUCUGUGUCUCUGUGUUGUUCACCUUAUAGCCCCCCAAACCACGCACCCUCGGGUCCGAGCACGAGCGAGUCGAGAGGGCUUUGAGAUUUACCAGGAACACUUCAAUUACGCUUUUAUUUUGAUUUCCAAAUAGUUAAGAGGUCUUUGAUUAAGAAAAGUUGAUUAGUGGUGCGGAGAAAAAAACGCAGAUCGCCUUUUUAACCAGUCGACUGUGACGCCAAAUCACGUUUUGACAGCCGGUCACAGGGGAUUGGCCGGCUGGGAGGAGCGGGUGGAAUUUUCGACUCCGAGAGUAUUUCAUUUGGGUCCAUCGGGAGCGAGUCGCUCCUUUUGUCGGUAAUUAGCGCAAGUGUUACAAAUGCCGGAGAGAAUCGUUUCUCGUGAUGGUUUAUAGGUUGGGUGUCACGUAGAACAGACGCUAAUAUAAAGACUGUACUGUAAGUGUGUUCACUGGCUCAGAUCUCUGAUGUUAGAAGUAAAUAUACAAAGACUUCUUGCCUUUAUGUCUGCCUUCCCUUAACAAACUGCAGAAUUCAGCUGGAGUCUGUUCAGCAUCUCGCCUUACCACUGCGAUCCUUCACAAGAGAAGACGGCGUUUUUCUCCGCUUUCUGUUACGUAAUUUAAUUAUGAAUUUGGAAGGAGGUUCAAUUUGUUCUCUACUGCAAUUUAAGGGACUUGUCUUAGACCACACCACUAAAACAAUGAUUUUGUAUUUUGUAAGAUAGACUUACUGCAACAUAAAUAUCUAUAUUUUUCCUAUGACCUUUUAUGAUAUGAGAUCGGAUCAUGGAAAUUCUUUUCUUCUCAUGACUCUGUUAGGAACCAAAUAUCAAAAGGGGCUCCACAUUUACAUGGGUGGGACGAAUCUGAAUAAGCCUUAUACUAAUAUCCCUAAAAGUGCUUCAGAUUUAGCAUUUCAAUAGGGGAAAUAAGAUGUAGUUUGAUUUUUUAUUUCAGUACUACAUGUGUUUGUUCUUUGUACAGAUAGCUGUUUAUCAGAUCAAUUCUGACACAACACACAAUACAUCAGCACUUCAGCCUUACAAAUAACUGGAAAUUGUUAUUACCAUGUCUAGAUCCUUCAGCCCAAAAUAACAAAGAAAAUGAUGUUUUGCUUAAAGGUGCAGUGUGUAGAUUUUAGCGCCAUCUAGCGGUGAGAUUAAGAAUGGCAACCAAUGGCUCAGUCCACAGCUCAUCCCUCCCUUUUAAAACGCAUAGAGAAGCUACGGUAGCCACUAUAGGACAAACAUGUCAUCGUCUAAGACAACAGUAACGAAAAACACAUGACUGUGAAAUGCAAAAAUGGCAGUUUCGAUGAAAGGGGACCCACAGUGUAACACUUCAGUCUAAAGUAAUAAAAAAGAUCUUUAUACACCACUGAAAAUAUAGCUAUGCAUAUUACAUUGCAUUUCUGUCAAUAAAUCUUACUAAAAUUUACAAACUGCACCUUUAAAGAAAAUGAUGCCUGAUUUUAAGAUCAUUUGGUAAUGCAUUAGACUUUUUUCAUGAGAAUUUACCCCAACACGGCAUAUUUAUGAAAAUAAACACAAAUAAAAAAACAUUUGUACACUGUAAAAAAUAUUCCUGUAGUUAUGCAGCUGUUUGCCAGUAACUUACUGUAGAUUUAAAGAGCACCUAUUUCAUUGCUAAAAACAAUUUUAGUUUGUGCAUUAGGGGUAAUACAAUGUGUUUGCAUGGUUUAUGGUUCAACAAACACAUUAUUUUCCACAUACCAUACAUUUUUGUAGCUCCAGAUAUCCCUGCCUUCCUCAAAUGCAUGGUGUCAUCCGAUUGGCCAGCUAAUGUGUACAUUGUGAUUAGCAUGAAUACCUCUGAUGUCAGCUUAAAAUAUGACGCUCCUUACCAUGUUUAAAAGAUUCGGUCACAAUGCAAUGCCUAUAGGACUUAAUUUACAGAAUCCGGAGCGGGAUAAAUAACGAUAAUGGCAGUCUUUACUACAUCACCAAUCCCAGGAAGUAAACUACAAUGUUGCCUACAAUCUGUGUGUUAGUUGUAGUCCAAGAAAAGAGAUUUACAUUGGAGAUGAUAACUCACGUCAUCGUUUACUUUGGGGUUUGUAUCUUUUGCAUAUCGUUAACAUGAACCAAUACACACUUACACACCAAAGGAAAUUUAAAAUUGUGAAUCGGAUAAUAUCUGCUCUUUAAAUGUUUGUUAUUUACUGGCAACAGUUUGUUUAAAGUUAAAUAAACAUGCUAAACAUUAACAAGUCUUUAUCUUUACAGAAUAAAACAAUGAAAUAACAGCUUUAUGCAAAACAUUCUGGAAACCAAAAAUCCUCAUCAACCUUUUUCUGUUUUUUUUCUUCAGAUUUUGUUUCCCAGAAUGCUUUGCAUGAGGCUGUUAUUUUAUAGUUUUACUCAAUAAAGAUAAAGACUUCUUAAUGUUUAAUGCUCAUUUAACUUUGAACAAACUGCAAAUAACAUCAAUUUAAAUCUACAGUAAGUUACUGGCAAACAGCUUCAUUUCUACAGGCAUCUUUUACCGUGUAACACAAAUGUAAAAUACUUUCUCAUAACACAUCUAAGCGUCAGAAUGAUCAAAACUGUCAUAAAAUAGGCUUCAUUUUUUAAAUGCAAAAUAUAAGUUUGCUGUGGGAUCCUGUUUGUAUAAGAAAUAAUCAGAAAAGACUUAAAGGAGAUAAUUGUGUAUCAUGGUCGACCUUACACACCUGAUGACCAACACACAUUCAGAGCUUUACAGAUAUUUCUGCUUUUAAAAUAUCACGAGAGAGCAAAUGAAAGAGUCUGAUGAAAUAUUACACGUCUGUCACCUUGAAGUUAAAAAUCAUGAAAGAAAGAAAGAAAGAAAGAAAGAGCGGGAGAGGUUAAGUAGCAAGUAUUCAUAACAUUAAACAAUACUGUAAAUGUUUUAACUGGAUGGUGUUUCAUGUUUGUUUUAGUGAUUUAAACAGCAGGACUGGAGGAAAUACACCACAUGUGCUGCGUUUCAUAGUUUACUGUAAAAGCUAUGAAAGAAACUUUUGAAAAUCAGCUUCAGUAGUAUUUCUAUCAUUUGUACUUUAGAUUAUUACCAUGAUUACCACGCUUUCUACACACUUUGAACUGGGAAACAAGAAUCAUCUUAAUAAAUGGAUACUGUGUAUCCUUAGGUUGUCAGAAGUAUAACAUUAUAGUGUUAGAAUAACUAUUUGUUUGUUUUUGUACCUUUCUGAAGGACAAGGAAAUAUAGAUACUUCAUUAUUAAUUAUUAUUAUCAUUAUUAUUAUGAUUAUUCAACAUCGCUGUUAUGUGAGAUCGCGUUAAAUGUUCUGAUGUGUUGUACAUAAUGUUUGAUAUUGAGGUAUUAAUUUGAUUCAUGUCUUUUCUAAAAAAAAAGUAAAAAAUAAGAUAACAUUUUGGGAGAUUGGAUGAGUUAAUUCAUAUGAUAAACAACAUUUCUACAGCCAUUAGGAGGUCAUUGUUAUGAUGUUUUGAUGUCAAUAGAAAAGCCUCAAUGAUAAAUAAUUACAUUACAUCAAAUCUCGGGCAAACUUUUCUCGUCUCCAUGUGGAUCAGAAGAUGAUUGACAGUUUUAAGCGUGCGGUGGUUUUACCGGAGUGUCUUUCUGUGGACUGUUUUUUUUGGCAUGUGCAUGGACUUGAUAAUGUAUAACAUGUUAAAUAAAGUGUUCAUUUGACAGUUUUCACCUCUUUUUUUUCUCAACAUGUUUGUGAAAGUUUGUGAAGCUCACUGAAAUAAGACAUCACAGGAGUGAGUUGUUGUUUUGCACUUUUUGAAGGGUUUUGAGGCUAACAGCAUCUUUAGGUUUUACUACAGAAGGUUCUAGAUUAUUUGUUUGUUUUUUGAUCAUAUUAAGAAUCUGUUCACAGUCUUUAACAGAUAAACAUCAGUGUGUCUGUCUUUGUUUAAGCAAAAUUCAGAAUUUUUAACAUCCAACUCUUUUUUUUAUAUCUGUAAAUUUCAUCUGAAUUGGCCACAACCUCAAAGAACACUGAAAAUAAAUUUACAUAAUCCAGCAAUCACAUAAAAUGUAAUUAAAUUAAAUUGACAUAAUUAUUAGUUUCUUUAUUUUGUAUAUUUAUGGUUGUUGUGGCACAGAUAUAUUUUUAACCAUGACAGUUAACAGGAAACUAAAUUGACAAAUGUGAAUCUAAUGAUCAAGUACAUUUAUCUAUAACAUGUGCACUAAUAUCUGGGAAAAUAUCUAAUAAUUUGAGAAAAAAUGUGUGAUGAUGUUUAUAUUAAAAACUGCACUUUUACAAAAAAGUUUAUUUGAAUUAAAUUCCCUCUUUCUACACUUAAAGUCACCUGAUAAUCCUGUUUUUUUUCUUAGUUCAAAUGGGAAUGAAUGACAGUUUCUGAAUGAUGCCGUGAUGAUGAUGUGGUUUAUUUCUGUCUGAAAUCCUCUCUGUCGUGUCUCAUGUGUAAAGAAAGCAAACUGUUAAAGUCCGCUGGAGCACUGGUGUGUAUGUGUGUGUGUGUGUUGAGUCAGAUCUCGUACAUCUCUUUACUCUUUAAUAACACACGGCUUUGAUUUUUUUCUUUUAUAUCUCUGGGUGCUGUACUGUACUUGCUUUCCCCAACUGUACAAACAGGAACAAACUUAAAAAAAAGAAAAAAUCUAAGGUCUGUAUUUGUAUAUACACACACGUGUCUGAGCAACUAUAAAUAAUAAUAAUAAAGAAUAAACAUUG